UCCUAUACCCUGCCUAUGCUGCUACUGCCAACUAGUACUACUGGUAGUGCAGAAGCGCAGAGCCGUCGCGUCGACAGAGGACAGAGAAGUCAGGCCUCCUCGCGUCGCGGAGCAGGAGGUGGUCGGCCUGCGGCGGCUCGCGCCAUCGCCAUGGCCUCCGACUCCUCCUCCCACCGGGACGGCCCCAAGCGGCCGGAUCAGGGGCUCGGCGUGGGCACCUCCGCGCUCAUGGCGCUCCACGGGAAGCUGACGCAGAUGAAGCGCCAAAUCCAGCAGGCCCGCCUCGCCUCCAUCAGGGAGAAGCUGGAGGCAAACAGGAGGGCGCUGCAGAAGCACACCUGCGGCCUGUUCGAUGUGGCCGCCAAGGCGGAGGCGGCGUCGAGGGGCUCUGAGAGCAGCAACGUGCUGUCGCAGCUCGCCGCGGACGGCCAGUCCAGGAUCGUUGGGUGGAACCUAGCGAGAGGGUCGGGGGAGAGGGAGGUUGUGCACGUGCAGGAGGAGAACCUGUCCGCCGACGGGACGCUCGUGCUCUCAAGCUCCGGCAACGGCGCACAGACCAUCGUUUUGCAGCUUGUGAAGCUGCCAUCGGUUGAUAAGAUUCCUCCCUACACCACGUGGAUCUUCCUGGACAAAAACCAAAGAAUGGCCGAUGAUCAAUCAAUUGCUGGUAGAAGGAGAAUUUACUAUGAUUCAGCUGGCAACGAGGCUCUAAUCUGCAGUGAAAGUGAUGAAGAAAUUCCACAACCUGAGGAAGAGAAGCAUGUUUUCACUGAAGGAGAAGAUCAGCUAAUAUGGAAAGCUACUCAGGAACAUGGGUUAAGCCAAGAGAAUUUUAAUGUUAUCUGUCAGUUUAUUGAUGCAUCUCCUUUAGAAAUCGAGGGUAGAUCUGAAUUUCUGUUUGAGAAAAAUGAGAAGCACUCUGAAUUUUCUGAUAAGACAGAGAGCCAACUUUCUCUUGACAAGACUGUGGAUGUGGUUUUGGAUUCUUUUGAUAAUCUCUUCUGCCGUAGAUGUUUGGUUUUUGAUUGCCGUCUCCAUGGCUGUUCUCAAAACUUAGUAUUCCCAAGUGAGAAGCAACCCUGUGGGUUUGAGCUUGAUGGAUACAAGAGUCCAUGUGGUGACCAAUGCUACCUUCGAAAAAGAGAAGGAUUUCAAGACAUACGCAAACAUGAUUAUGCUUCUUUUGCAACACAAAAUAUGGAUUCAAGAUCCAUCUUACACAAAGUUGGUACUGAUAUGGUGUCUGAAUCAGAAGAUUCAAACCGCGAGGAAGAAAUCAUUAAAUCAAGUAUAUCUGUUGGAACCAGCAGAUCAAAAAUAUAUUUUGAAAGUGCUGAAAAACAUAUGACGCUGCCUUCUGGGGAUGCCUCUGAAACUGAAAAUGUAUCCACUGAUAUGCUUCUAAGAAGUUUAGGGAAGCGCAAGGUUUCAAAAGGACCCAGGUCUAGUGAUGAUUUCCCUUAUAAAAAGCCAAGGAUGCUUACUUCAGAUAUUCCUUUUGCAAGCCAUAUAUUGAAUAAGCAUUCUACUUCGGAGGUUGGUGACACAAGACCCGAUUUCCUAGAAUUUGGAGGCAAUCAACUAGAUGACCCCAAUAAGAAAACUUCUAAUAAAGAUAGUUGUGGUGGAAGCCCAACUAGUACUACUGAGGAUGCAGCAAGAAACAUUAAUAAAGAAUCUUCAGCAAAUAAUUUGUUCAGUUCCAGCAGAGAGCACACUCUUUCUCAUUGGAGUACCCUAGAGAGGGAUUUAUAUCUGAAGGGAAUAGAGAUAUUUGGGAGAAAUAGCUGUUUAAUAGUUAGAAACCUAUUAUCUGGCCUGAAAACCUGCAUGGAAGUGGCUAGCUACAUGUACAGCAAUGGUGCAGCAAACAUGAAUAAAUCCAUUUCAGGCGACUUCACAGAAACUGAACAAGACUACAUGGAGCAAGGCGUGGUUGUGAGAACAAGAGUCUGUCGUCGGAGGGGCAGAACUCGAAAGCACAAAUAUCCUUCGAAGGCUGCAGGGCAUCCAGCCAUUAGGAAAAAAGUUGGUGAUGGGAAGCAAUGUGACAGACAGUAUACACCGUGUGGGUGCCAGGAAAUGUGCAACAAAAACUGCCCCUGUGCGGAAAAUGGGACAUGCUGUGAGAAAUACUGUGGGUGUUCAAAAAGCUGCAAAAACAGAUUUAGAGGCUGUCAUUGUGCAAAAAGUCAAUGCAGAAGCAGGCAAUGCCCAUGUUUUGCGGCCAGUCGAGAAUGUGAUCCGGAUGUUUGCAGAAACUGCUGGGUGAGCUGUGGAGAUGGUUCACUAGGCGAGCCACCAGAAAGAGGUGAUGGUUACCAGUGCGGAAACAUGAAACUCCUCCUAAAACAACAACAAAGGAUUUUGCUUGGAAAAUCAGAUGUUGCAGGAUGGGGUGCGUUCAUUAAGAACCCCGUGCAUAAGAAUGACUAUCUUGGAGAGUACACUGGUGAAUUGAUUUCGCACAAAGAAGCAGACAAACGUGGCAAAAUUUAUGACCGGGCAAACUCUUCAUUCCUCUUUGAUUUAAAUGAUCAGUUUGUAUUGGAUGCAUAUCGCAAGGGGGAUAAAUUAAAGUUCGCAAAUCACUCCUCCAGCCCCAACUGCUAUGCAAAGGUGAUGAUGGUGGCCGGUGACCAUCGGGUUGGUAUCUAUGCAAGGGAGCAUAUUGAAGCUAGUGCCGAACUUUUCUACGAUUACCGGUAUGGACCUGACCAAGCCCCAGCCUGGGCUAGGAGACCAGAAGGAGCAAAAAAGGAUGAAGCAUCUGGUUCUCAUCGUCGAGCACACAAAGUUGCUUGAUAGUUGAAGAGCAGUUCCGAUGAUACAGGCUGCUGUAAACUAUUCCCAUACUUCAACAAAAUUCUAUCCCAGUUCAUUAUACAAGGAGACCAAUUGUUGGCCUGAUAAAAAGAAUGUGUAUUCCUUAAGAAAUAAAAUCCCAAGUACCAAGCUUGUGGAUGACUGACAAAUAAGCUUUUAUUGAUAGUCUGAAUGAUAACAUAAUUGUGUGUAAACAUGCUUGCCUGAACAUCUACUUGUUGAGGUGGACCAAGGCGGCAAUAAAAAUUUAUGCUAUAGACAAGGCUGUCUUUUGCUAGGCAAGGAAAA